UUUCAGUUCGACACGAUGGGGGCCGUGAUGGGCCUGGCGCCUGAGACUGGGCCGCGGUCGUUUCCAACGGCUCAACAGACGCCCGGCGUCCUAGCCCAGGCCAGCAGGGCACCACUCGCCCGCUCCAGCAGUCCAGCUCCUCCGACGCGCGACCAGACGCUCGCCCUCGCCAGUCCCAGUCGCCAUACCCAGAGGCCCAGACCCCGUCCGGCGCCCGCCGAUUCGACGCGAGUACGCGACGCGCCGCGCCGGCCGCCGGCGGCUUCCCCAGAUCCACGCGCCGCUCGGCGACCCGGCCGCUCGGAGCUCGCUCCGGCCGUCCGCCCGCAGCCCGCCAAAAAUCAUCCUCGGAUCGGAAUCAGCGGAGCGACGGCGGAGAUGGGCGCGGAUUGCCGGUACGAGCUGGCGCAGGCGGCGUACGUCAAGCUGGCGCUGCACGCACUGAAGCACCCAGCGACCGCCGUCAACGGCCUCCUCGUCGGCCGCCUCGUCGAGCCUUCGUCCUCACCGGCCGUCGUCUCGGUCAUCGACGCCGUGCCGCUGUCUCACCACCCGCACCACCUGCCGCUGCUCCCCACGCUCGAGCUCGCGCUCACCCUCGUCGAGGACCACUUCGCAACCCAGGGCGAAGGCCUCGCCGUCGUCGGAUACUACCACGCCAACCCGCGCUGCGACGACACCGACCUCCCGCCAGUUGCCAAGCGCGUCGGGGACCAUAUCUUCAGAUACUUCCCCCGCUCCGCCGUGUUGUUGGUCGAUAACAAGAAGCUGGAGGAGGCCGUCAAGGGGAAGUCUCGUGACCCGGUGGCUCAGUUAUACACCAGGGAUUCAUCAAAAAGUUGGCGUCAGGCUGGAUCAGAUGGAAGCAGUCAGCUUGUUCUGAAAGAACCUUCUACCAAUGUUGUCCUAGCUGAUCAUGUUACAACAAAGAAAUGGGAGAAAAUUGUUGAUUUUGACGACCACCUUGAUGAUAUUAGCAAGGAUUGGUUGAACCCAGGCCUGCUUGACUGAAUUUUCACGAUUGAUCUCUCUAUACUGUAUUGGAACUUUGCUAGAAAUGAGGUGGUGAAGCUCGUCCUGCUGUACUCUGGACUUUGCUCAGUCGCAAUGAUUUAUAAGCAUGUAUUUCAGUAAACAAGUGAUUUUGUAACAGUUACAGUUCGAAAUGCUAAAAUUGACGUUGAGAUGACAUUUGAGUAGAUUUAUCCCUGCGGCAUAUUAUUACGACUUGUCAAAGGAAACUUCAUCACAUAUAAAUUUAAGAGGCUGUUUGGAUCCUUUCA